AUAAAUAAGUUUAGGCCCGGCGGAGAAACAACAUCGACGGGUCGGUGUGGCUGGAGGAGGCGAGGACCUGGCAGCUGACGCCCUUACUUACCGCUCUCGCCACACAUAUACUACACAAAAUGAGUCGCCGCAAGUUCGACGAAAUGUCCGAUUACGACUCGGGUCGUGAUCGGAAGAGGCGGCGUACUGAUGCUGUAGAGAUUGAGGAUCGUCUUGAGUCCUUAAUUAUUCGUGUAGGAGAAAAGAGUACAUCAUCCCUGGAGAGCAAUCUGGAAGGUUUGGCAAGUGUUCUGGAGGCUGACAUCAAUAAUUAUAAGAGCAAGAUUCUCAAGAUUCUUAGUGAUUGUGCUGUUAAGAUGCCAGAGAAGACUACCAUAUACACUACUCUGGUUGGCCUUUUAAAUGCUAAGAACUACAACUUUGGUGGAGAGUUUGUAGAUAUGAUGGCACGAAAGCUAAAAGAAGCUCUGAAAGCUUGUAUGUGGAAAACAGCUCGGUAUGUACUGCGAUUCUUCUCUGACCUGGUCAACUGUCACGUCAUAUCCACCAACUCACUUCUGCAGCUGCUACACACUUUCUUGGACACAGCACGAGAUGACAACUCUCCCCAAGUCCGUAGUGAUACAUAUGUGUAUGCUGUACUGAGCUGUCUGCCAUGGGUUGGGCGGGAGUUAUAUGAAAAGAAAGAACAAGAUCUAGAACGCUUAUUAAAGCACAUUGAGAUCUAUGUUAGAAAACGCAGUCGCAAGCAUGUCCCCGGCCUCAGGGUGUGGCGUUCAGACCGACCUCAUCCACAAGAAGAGUACUUAGAUUGUUUAUGGGCCCAGAUCUGCAAGUUACGUUCAGACAUGUGGCAAGAGAAGCACAUAGCUCGACCCUACGUUGCAUUUGACUCUAUCCUGUGUGAAGCCUUGCAGCACAACAUUCCUCCUCUCACACUUCCUCCUCAUCAUGUUGACAACACAUACCCCUUCCCAUGGGUGGUUUUCAGGUUGUUUGAUUACACCGACUGUCCUGAAGGUCCUGUCUUGCCUGGUGCCCACUCCAUUGAGCGUUACUUGAUUGAGGAGCACUUGCACAACAUCAUCAAAGAGUACCACCUGGAAAGGAAACAAUGUGCUGCCUUUUUGCUGGACUUUCCUCUGAAGCACAAGAUUCCUCUAGAGUACAUGAUUGUUGAAGUAGUGCUGGCUGAGCUCUUCCACCUGCCUGGGCCUCGUUACAUUGAAAUCUGCUACGGCUCACUCCUGAUUGAGCUCUGUAAACUGCAACCUGCCACCAUGCCUCAGGUGCUGGCCCAAGCUGUAGAACUCCUUUUUGACCGCAUUGACACAAUGAACGUAUGCUGUUUUGACAGGUUUGUAAAUUGGUUUUCGUACCACUUGAGUAACUUUCAGUUUAAGUGGUCAUGGGAUGAAUGGCUGGAGGCAUCACAGCUGGACGGCAUGCAUCCGAGAGCCAAGUUCAUCAUCGAGGUGCUCCAGAGAGCCAUGAGGUUAUCAUAUCGCCAGAGAAUUGCAGAAGUUGUCCCUGAACAGUUUGACUGUUUUGUACCACACAAACCAGAACCAAUAUACAAAUAUGCAAAUGCUGAUGCUAGUGAUAUACCUGGUGCUGAUGCUGCCCAUCGCCUUGAAGCUGUGGUUCGAGCAAAAGGAACUUCAACUGAGGUUAUACAAACGCUCAAUGAGCUUCCAAAUCCACUUCGUGAAAAUGAUGAGACAGACCCACCAUAUAAUCCUAUUCAGAUUCAAGUCUUUGUUCAGACACUACUUCAUCUUGGGUCGAAAAGUUUCUCUCAUGCUUUUGCUGGAAUUUCCAAGUUUCUCAAGGUUUUUGAAUCAGUAGUUGGAAGUAAUGAGGAAGCUCAAAUCUUGGUGUUGCGUGAGAUGCAUGAAGUUUGGGUCCACCACCAACAGAUGAUGGUUAUGCUUACUGACAAGUUCCUCCGCACCCAGAUAGUCUCCUGUGCCUCCGUUGCAAACUGGAUGUUCAGCAAGGAAAUGUUGCCGGAGUUUACAAAGAAUUACAUAUGGGAAAUCAUUCAUGCCACUAUUCGAAAGAUGAACAAGCAUGUGGGACGAUUACAGCGGGAAGUAAGCGAUGCACGCGAACGUCGAGCAGGGAAUGAUUCUGACGAUUCCUCAUCGGAUGACGAAGAGCAGCGACCACGACCCACUGAAGAGGAAAUAGAAAGAAUGGAAGAAAAACUUGAAGCUGCUCAGGCUGAUCAAAAGAAUCUUUUUCUUAUCAUAUUUCAGCGCUUUAUCAUGAUUCUGUCAGAGCACCUUGUGCGCUGUGAUACAGACGGCCGCGACUUUAACACACACUGGUACCGUUGGACUAUUGGCAGGCUCCAUCAAAUCUUCAUGAUGCACAACACCCAAGUGGAGCGCUACAGCCAGACCCUGAGUACCCUGCUCUUCACUCAAGAUCUUGACCCCCAUAUUCUUGAUGCCUUCAAUCAGUUUGUUGCUCUUCGUUCAUAAUUGUCCACUCAUGGGUGUUGCUUUACUAUUGUUUGUAAUGACAGUGUGUACAUUGACAGGUGCACCUGCAACCCUUUAUUUAAUGCACAUAAACUGAACUAAUUCCCCUUUUUGUAGAAUAUUAUGAUAUAAAUUAUAUUCAAGAUAUUAACAUAUUUCGUUGCUGAGGCCAUUUUGGAAAUGGAGCUAUGUUUUGCAAUAUACCCUUUUUAUUUUAUUAUUUAUCCUGCAAUUUAGUUUUGUAUAAUUUUCAGUUAAAUUAUUUAAUCUAUUUAAAAUUGUCUAGAUAAAUUUUAGGAACUUAUUAAAAGGAGAUGUAUGUAGUUGCAUUGAAGUUAUAAUUUUCAGAAUAUAUAAGCAUCUAUAUCUACUGAAUUGAAAGAAAUUGUAUGACCUCUCCUAGAUACAUCAUUAAAAAUUAGCUUAACUAAUGUAAUUGGUUUUUAAGAACUGAUGCAUGUUGUUAAUGUGUUGAGCGACAGUCUGGAUCAGUCAUUUUGUAUGCAAGGAAUAUCAGUCAUUUAUGGUAAUCUUCAGUAUUCACUUCGAAUAUCAUGUCUCGCCUUUAUUCUCCGUUGGGAAUACGUACAUAGCUCUGUGUACAUAGCAUGUUGAUUUACAAGCUGUUAGUUAUGUGCAAUUUUUGACCAGCCUUGAUGGCAUACUGCUUAGGGCAAAGGGGUAUUUUUUUUUUAACUUUUGGCUUUUAUACUGUAGUUGUAUUCAGAAGAGAUUGCAUUGUCAAUACCUGGGCUGCAGGUAUCAAAGCAGUGACACUGAUAGGGGGUUCUAAGGGUGAACCUCCCUACAGGGACGUGUACUAGCUGCACAGAUGAUUGAUAUACACAAGAGUAGUUAAAGUACUAAAAUAGCCUGACUGAGAUGGAGCUGGGAAGUCUUGGAAUUUGACAUUAUAGAAGUUUUCAGCCUGGCAGUUAGCUAUAUUAAUAUUCCUCAAUGCAUGAGAACUUGUAAUAGUUAAUUAUAUAUAUAUACCAUAUAUACAAAAAUUUUUAUUUCCUUUUUAGACACUGAAUUGUAGCUUAAAACAUUGAAUCUGUUGAAAUUAGAUCCUAGAGGAGCAUUAUUUACACUAUCUUCAGAUAAAAUUGUAGCUGUAUAAUAUAUUCCAGAGAGUGCUAUCACGAAGUAAGAAAGGCAGAUUACUCUAAGCCCUUGGCUGAAUGAAGGACAAAGCGUUGACUUUUGAGUCAAAUUGUGAUUUCACGUUUUUCAAUGCAAUUACAAGAUAAAAGAGAGUCGAGUAUAUUUGGAAAACGGGUAACUAACUGUACUGUACAUUAAAUCGUAUCCAUAGGAACCAAUUUUUAAAUAUAACGUUACUAGUUCUUUAAUGCAACAACUGUAGGUAUAUGUGAACAGUUAUAUAACCAGAGAAUCUUUGGUGCAGUUAGGAGUGUUUUACCCUGUUGACUUGCAGUGUUCGUUGCUGGAUCUUUUUGGAGGAGUUUCAUGUUUAUUCAUUCUUGCUUGAAUUGUGAGCCUGGUUACCUGCAUCUGGAAUGAAAGAUUAAGAACAAUUUACUGUUCAUAUCUUUGGAAGACUGUAUUCCUUGUAUUUUAUAUGAAUGGAGUUACUGUAUCUGUUCUGAAGUAUUGAGAGCAACAAACUUUAAAUUAAAUUUUUAGUCAUAUAGAUUUUAUGGUAAUACUGCACGCUGCUUAUGCUUGGUAUUUAUCAAUAUAAACAUUUAUAUUUGCAAAGAAAAUAAUAGCAAUAUUUAGCUUGUAUACCUUUUCAAUAAGAUAUUUGUCAGAAAUUCAGGAGAAUAAACUUUCAUUUUAACUAGUUAUUUUAAGGUAACAAAUAGAGAAGACCCUUAUGAGAAGCUCCUUUAUUUCACUGGUAAAUCCGGUUCAUUCAAGUGGAAUUAUGAAUAUCAUUCACUUGCCAAUGCAUGACAGUUUUUCACUGGCCACUCUGGAAAGUUUCUAAAUUAAGUUAUAAUUAGUAGAUCAACCCUAUUUAAUUAUGGGUAAACUAUUUUUUUUUAUGAAUCACAUUGAAUCAUUUUGUGUAAAUCUCUAGGUAAAGCUGUAUACACUUAUUAUUUGUCAAUUUUGAAAAAUUAGCAGAAAUCUCAAACUUUUAUGAAAUAUAUAGCUUCACCUCAAUGUUAACACCAUUCACAAAUAAACUGUACACAGCAUGUGUU